AUGGAGGUAUAUGUGGAUGAUAUGCUGGUCAAAAGCUUAACGCCCGAGGAUCACAUAACCAACCUAUCAAUUGUCUUCGCUAUCAUAUUACGCAACGGUAUGCGGCUUAACCUGCAGAAAUGCAUUUUCGGGGUCAAAGUUGGGAAGUUCCUCGGGUACAUCAUUAGCCAUAGGGGAAUUGAGGUGAACCCAGAGAAGGUGCAGGCUAUAUUAGACAUGAUAUCCCCAACCUACAGGAACGAGGUCCAAUCCCUUACAGGUCAGGUAGCCGCUCUGUCAAGAUUCAUCUCAAGACUAACGGACAAGUGCACUCAUUUCUUCAAGCUGCUAAAAACCCAGCACGUCGAGGUAAUAGCUUGGACCGCUGGGCAUGAAGCUGCUUUUCUCGGCCUAAAGGCAUACUUGGCAGAGGUACCUUUACUUUACAAACUUGUUCCAGGAGAAAUGCUUUACAUGUAUCUGGCGACAUCUUCUACAGCUGUCAGCUCUGCUCUGAUCAGGAGGGAUUCUGAUUGCUGUACCCGGUGUACUACACUGCAAAAGGUUAUACUGGUGCGGAAUCCAGUACGAAGCACUCAUAGCAGGCCUACAGAUCACUCGAGAACUAGUCGUCCAACACCUUCAUAUCUUCAGCGAUUCCCAGUUGGUUGUGAACCAGGUCAGUGGGCAAAAAAUGACAAAGCAGAUGCCCUUGCAAAGAUUGCGGCUACUUCCCCAAGUCCAGCUUACGGGGCUACCAAGGUUGAAAUACUAGAAAAGUCGAGCACCUCUAAAACAGUGUCAGAAAUAUUCACGGUGGACCACACUGCCUCUUGGAUGGAUUCAAUAUUAAAGUAUAUGGUCGACAGUCUGACCCCGGAUAAUAAGGUUGAAGCCAGGAGACUCCAAUUAAGGUCAGCUCGAUACAUGAUCAUGAACGAAAAAUUGUACAGAAGAGGUCAUUGCUUUCCUAGCCUCAAGUGUGUGACACCAGAGGACGGCCACAAAAUAAUGAAGGACAUACACGCUGGUGUAUGCGGUAACCAUGUAGGGGCCCGGUCUCUUGCACACAAGACCCUGAGGGCAGGAUACUUCUGGCCAACCAUGUCGGCCCUAGCUCAAACAAUAUCGAGUUCGUGCCACAAGUGCCAAAUAUAUGCAAACAUCCCAAGGGCACCGCCCAUUGCUCUCUCCAUACUCCUUGCACCUUGGCCAUUCUGCCAAUGGGGCCUGAACCUGAUUGGUAAGCUUCCCACAGCAGUGGGACAAUUCAAGUACGCCAUCGUAGCCGUUGACUACCAAACAAAGUGGGUAGAAGUAGAACCUCUUGUAGCUAUAACCACGGAGAAAGUGAAAAACUUCUUGUGGAAAAACAUUUACUACAGGUUUGGAGUCCCGAACACCAUAGUCACAGACAAUGGCACCCAGUUGACAAUGAUGAGCUUAGGGCUUACACCGAGAAUCUGGGCACUAGAAUCCUCUAUGCGUCCCCGGCUCACCCCCAGACCAAUGGUCAGUUGA